GUGAGAGGGCGCUCGAGGGGUUUUGCUUUUCCCCAGGGGUGGGUGGUGUUCCGUGCGUGUCACUUGACUUUUCAGUAGUCAGCCGGUGGCACGCCAAGCUGUAUGGAUAAUGCACACCCGCUCCAGCUAGCUGCGGCUGCCAGAUGAUAGCGCAGGACAAGAGGGCGCCCGCCGACCUGCAGCCGGGGUCAGCCGUGGCCCCGGCAGCUGAGCCAAACUACACGAAGCUGUCGGAGAACCUGCGAAAGGUGACCCCUCCGACGUUCCAGUGCUCUGUCUUCUGCGGGGGCCGCAAGUGCAAGUACGAGACCUCGGCCCACUGGCGACCCGAACAGAUGGCCAUUCCUGGCGUCUUCUCCCACUGGGUGACUGACGACAUCGUGGCCAUGGCACGACCCAACACCGAACUGAUUCAAAAGAAGCAACUAAUCCAGCACUUUCAAAAACUGGGCAUCAACUCGAUCAUAAACCUGCAGCUGCCAGGCGAACACUCAAGCUGCGGCAACUGCCUCGAGGACAGCGGCUUCACCUACGACCCUAGCACUUUCAUGAAACACAAUAUUUUCUUUUACAACUUUGGCUGGAAGGACUACGGCGAGGCGAGUCUGACCAGUCUGCUGGACAUGGUCAAGGUGAUGGCGUUCGCCGUGUCCGAAGGCAAGGUCGCCGUCCACUGUCAUGCAGGUCUUGGCAGGACGGGCGUGCUGAUCGCCUGCUACCUGGUGUACACGUGUCGAGUGCGAGCAAACGACGCGAUUCGGUAUGUUCGCUUGAAGCGUCCGAGCGCCGUUCAGACCCGCGGUCAGAUUCUGUGCGUGCAAGAGUUUGAACAGUUCGUACUUCCGCAGUGCAUCGUUUUCUGCAACAAAGACUUUUUGAGCAAAGACAAGAAGGUGGCCGAGUUCUCUCUGGUGCAGUACCUCAAUCGGCAGCGCCUGAUUUUGCACGGAAACGAAGUCAGGGCCUUCAAAUACGUACCAAAGAUUUUGUUCAUUUUGUGCGAGAGACUGAUUAAAUUGAGCGGCGGACGCACCACCGAGCUGGACUCGGCGACGCCAUUCACAAGAGCCUUCAUCGCGCACCGCGUCAACCCGGACAGGCACCAUCUCGGACGGGGUGGUAGCGGAGACUCGAGUAACUCAAAUAGUUCAACGUGCCGGCCAAGCACCGCAGAAAUUGAAUGUGAUCUCGGAGUUUCGAGUGGUAGCAGCAGCACCACUUGCAUUUCCCCAGACAUGCCCUCUUGUGCUUCCGGAAUGUCAGGUCUCGACGACAGCGGCGUGGACGCGGUGCUGGGCGACGGCAUCGUCGGCCAGAAGCUGCAGGAAAACGAGUGUUACCAGGAAUUGAGUUCGCAGAUCGAUCUUCGUCAAGCGGCUGCCAAGGAGGACCUCAAGGGAGCCGCCGGCUACGUGGCCGACGCACUCCUCGCCGAUCAUUCCAAGGAACCACUCAGAAAACAGGUGAAGCAAAUUCGAAUUGACCUCAACUCGCGCUACUCAACAGUGGACCGACUGCGGGUCGAGUGUGAUGCACAACUGCUGGCGGCCGUGCUGUUCGAAUGGCUUGAGCACCUGAAAAUUCCGAUUAUCACCAAGGAAGAGCUGAGUGCCGUUGUGGUUCGCGGCGAGAAUCUCAGCAUUUGCUUAAAAAAGUUUGACGCUAGUGCGGCCCAUACACUGGAGUACCUGAUUCGGUUCGUAGCUCGGCUCCAGGGCAUCGGUCGUGACGUGCAGAUGGACCUUGUGCGCCGUUUGGCCGCAUCGCUUACCCACCAGUCAGUGGUUGUUCGUGGACUUCUGCAGCCCACACUGAAAGAAUUUCAAAAGCUGCGUGAAGGCACCCUGAAAGUGUUGAUCAACUUCCUGAUGAUGUUUCUGAGCCAGAUGGAGGAAACCGGCGAAGAAACUUGAGAGACUUGAGGAAAGUUGAUUUUUGGGAAAACUUGUAAAAUCUGCUCAUGUGCAGUUUCUGGGAAGGAUAAAAUCAAACAGGUCAUUGUAUACCGCACCUUUGUGACUUUGCGCACCCAAGACGCAUUAUUAAAAUUGAAAAUUUUAACUAGUUUGAAAAAAAUACGCAUAAUUGUUCUCCAUUACGUGGACGUGUAAUUGAAGCAAUAAAUCUCAAAUUUGCUGACCUCAAUGUUUGUCAGCGUGUGGAAAGUUAUUC